AUGGCCAGAGUUCCGGACCUGUUUGAAGACUACUACAGUGAAAAUGAAGAACACAGUUCUGCCUUUGACCAGCUCUGUCUGAAUCAGAAAUCCUUCUAUGAUGCAAGCCAUAGCUCACAUAAUAAAGACUGUGUGGAUCAAUUCAUGUGUCUGAGUGCCUGUGAAACCUCUAAGGGAUCAGGGUGUACUGUCCAGGAGAGUGUGGUGCUAGUGACAGCCAAGGGGAAAGUUCUGAAGAAGAGACGGUUCAAUUUAGAUCAGUCCAUCACUGAUGAUGACCUGGAGGCCAUUCCACAUGACAAAAAAGAAGAGAUUACACAGCCCCGGUCAGUACCUAUGAAUUUCACGAGGAAUGUGAAAUACAGAUAUAUGAGGAUCCUCAAAAGCCAAUUCAUCCUGAAUGACAACCUCAAUCAAAGUAUAAUUCGAAGCUCUCGUCAGUACCUCACCACUGCUGCACUACAGAAUAUGGAUCAUGCAGUGAAGUUUGAUAUGGGUGCUUAUAAGUCAUCAGCAGAGGAUGUUACAAGGCCUGUGAUUCUAAGAAUCUCAAAAACUCAACUGUAUGUGAGUACCCAAGAUGAAGACCAGCCGGUGUUGCUGAAGGAGUUGCCUCAGAUACCCAGAACCAUCAUGGGUGAUGAUACCAACCUCCUCUUCUUCUGGGAAACUGUUGGCUCUAGGCACUACUUCACCUCCGUUGCCCAUCCAACAUUGUAUCUCGCCACAAAGCAAGAUAAUCCGGUGCACCUGGCCACGGGACCACCAUCUUCCACUGACUUUCUGAUGCUGGACGCCUAG